CACUUAAAGUUUGUUUUCCAUCCCCCCACUAUUUGCUAAAAACUGAAAAUUAACAAGUUGCGUUUUACUCCUCCAUCAUUGAGCCGAAAGGGAGUCCGUUCGAACCCCUAGAGCCCCCCCUCCUACGCGCCUUGAAAUAUAUGGAAAAGAAUCAUUGUACAACGAAACUCUCACUUUUUUCUUUGCAGUCUGUUUGGGUGGGGUCACAUUUUUCGAAAGGUUGACUGAUCCUAAGGAUACACAAAAACUAUAUCAGGCUACUAAUUAAACUAGACGUCAAUACAGUAUAGAGGACUACAUCUUGACGCCAAAUUCAACCAAAUUAAUUGAAUAAACUUGGCAUGGACUUAAUUAAUUUCACACUGUUUAUAUGUGUUUCUAUCCUUAUUUUACUUAUACAUUGCACAAAUAUUUAUGAUCAUAAAGAGAUAUGAUAAAAAACCAAUCGGAUAACGGAUUACCAAACUCAGUAUUUUGAGGAAAGCAACGAAUAAUUUUAUUUUAUUUUCCAUUGAAGUGAUCCAAUAACAUUACACAACGAUAUUUCUUCUUAUAUUCUGUUCUUAGGUUUUUUCUCUUUGGUAAUGCAUCAUUAUCAUGAGACUGAAAUCAACCCAAAUAUUGAUGAAAUUGCUCAUAAUUAAAUAAACAGGUUUUUUUUGGCAAGAUCAUGAAGCAGCUGUCUUGGUAGUUGAACAGACAAGCAACCGACUGUGAACCUUAACGAACUGCUUCCUCGCUGACUUUCUAACAAUCGUAACUUUCGGGCGACAUACUAAGUUAUGUAAACUAUUUAAAUCAAACAGUAAUCGCCUACGCAGUCAGACUUUGCCUUGAAUGUUUCUGGGACAGUCGAGAAGUCUAUCCACUAGUGUCUUAUCAGUAAGCUCGGGCGGCUUUAUGCAAAAUUCAGGUAAAGUGAUCGAUUAUAAACAGUUACUUAAUCGGACUGUUGCAGACAUUUCAAAAGUGACAGCAGUCUUUGUUCUGAGUUAGCGUAGGUUCUGAGAGAUGUCAUCACUGUUGCGGGCAACGUUUUAAUUUUUUAUUUGUUAAUUUGCUAACGCAUCUUCACGAAGCUACUUAACAGAAAAGAUUAACAUUUCAACCAAAAACCAUAACUGCACAUGUACAUGUAGUCAACAAGUUUGUUCCUUUUACUGAUAGUGGCGAAUAAUUCGUUCGCGUUUCUUUUUUACUUUUUUUUUUCUUAGCAGAUCGCAAAACGGGUGUUGCAUAAACCUUGCACUUCAUGUUUUGCAUUUUAUAGACUGAUAUCGGUAGGCUUCUUUUUAGAUAGGAAGAAAAUUGACUGAAACGUGGCUGAUUCGAAAUUUUUCUCUGGCUUCGAAAAAAAAGUUAACAGCAAAAGUGAUGUUCUUUUUUUAUCCGAAACCUUGGACGAUGUCCAAUCUUUCUUUAACAUUUAUUGAAUCCUUUCUUAAGUUGAUUGGUUAUCUCCUCUUAAGUACAGACGAUGUUAAAACCCAUAGGCGAUUCUUACGGAUAGAUUUAACUUUUUGGUUAUAAAUCGAUAAAAAUGUGGUUUCAGCUAUCAGGAGUAAAAAUAGUUUACUAAAAACAAAAUAGUUGUAUAUAUAUCUAGUUCUGAAAGAGUCAAACAGAUUCCGUUUACCCCUAUGAGUCUCAGAAAUAUCAUUUUCAGUACAAAUACAAUCUUGAAAAAUUGAUAUGAGAAACAAGAAAACACCCCGUACUGAGAUAACCAUGAUAACGACUGAAUUAUUUAACGUAUUUAUUUAUAGCUGCUAUUUAAUCUGUUCUGAUUGUUUGACUUUCAGGUAUGGUAAGGAAAGUGGUUGUGAGCCCAUCGAUGAUGGCUCCAAUUCCGCGAACGAAAAAAUGAAAUCAGAAAAUCGCGACUCCCAGGAAUGGACAGAAUUUGCUUCCAGUACAACUCUCCACGGACUUAGACACGUCGUCCAUAGAAACCAUUCUCCUUUGAGGCGAGCUAUUUGGCUUCUGUUUCUUUUCGCCGCUGCAAGCUUGUUCAUAUUUCUUUCCGUCAUCAGCUUCAGAAAGUUUUUCUCUUUGCCGAUCAAGACAGUAAUUUCACUGGAAACACCGACUAAUGGCUUGACCUUCCCUGCCGUAACCAUUUGUAAUUUGAACAGGUUUAUGCGAUCUAAGAUCGAUGUGGCUGAUGAUGAUGAGAAGUUUUAUCAGAUGGGAUUAAACAUUAGUGGAUGCAGUGAAACUCGCAGUGUUCGCGGAAACCUCACCUGUGGCCAGGCUCUUUUGUGUGCCUAUGGGUGGUAUGGACCGGCUUUGGUAAAAGGCUGUAAUGGGUCAACUCAACAGAAAAUAAUAAAUGUUCUGAAUCGGUCAUCAGAACGUUUGUACAAUGAAGAGGAAUUUCUUACCAGAUAUGGCCAUGAAAUGCGUAGCAUGUUGGUCCUGUACUGCCGUUUCAAAUCAAAAAUCAAAUGUUCUGAUAAGGACUUUGUUCCGCACCUGACUCAACAAGGGCUCUGCUUCACUUUUAACUCGGGUUUAAAUGACAUUCCAUUGCAUCAUACAACUUAUGAAGGUGCUGAUUCUGGUCUUAGCAUUAUACUCGAUGUUCAAACCAACGAGAGCACAUUGAACGAAUUCUCUAAUGGUUUGAAAGUGAUUGUGCACGAACAAAAUACAUUUAUCAAUCGCUAUGACGGCUUCAAUGUCUUACCUGGCACCCAUGCGUCUGCCUUGAUCAAGCUUACAAAGGUGAGUUACUGAUCAUGACCCGAGAGUACUCGUUGGAAUUCUUGAUGGGGCUGUACCUCCCGGUUCUCUAAAUCCUCGCCCUAUUUCAGACCAAAAAAUGUAAUUUUUUACACCCGUUUUCAGACCAGGCCUUUAAAAUCUAUAGGCAGAAAUUAUGUCAUCAUUACUUAGUUUAGACAUAUUACUCUUUCUUAUUUAUUUGGAAUGGAAACGACAAAUACGUUCGCACACUCCCGUAGCUCCCUCGAAAACCGUACCUGAUUCCAGACCACAGUAGGCAACAUCUAUAUCCUUUUUCAGACCGAAACGGCCGAAAAGGAAAAAAUUCUCUUUGGUAUUAUUUUUGUGUGGUAAUAUUCGUUGUUCAGCAUUUCGCAAAAUUAAAUUUAAACUGAUUUUGUCGAAUUUUAACUGAGUCGGGCUUUUCUGGUAUAAUGUUUGAAACCUGUUCAGUUCUGUGCGACAUACUGAACAACUCUGUGAGGUGGAUCAUUAUAUAUCAUUAACUCUAAUAAAGGAAAGACGACCACCAAUCAAAACGAGCGAAAUAGCUGAUAUAUUACUGUACCUUUUUCUUAGAUCAAGAGACUUCCUUCACCCUACAAAACGAACUGCAGUCAAAUGAAACUUGCGGCAGUUGAAAGAUACACAAAGGACGGCUGUGCAUUCGAGUGUUCCUCAAACUACACCAUCAAACAAUGUGGAUGCCGUGGUCCUGGAUUUCUAGGUUUAGAAUAG